CUUUCCGUUCGUGGCGCUCCGGUAUAUCCAUCAUGACAUUGAUAUUUAAGUUUUUGACAUUUGUUUUGAUUUGAGUUUUAUCGGUUUUAUCAAUCAGAUUUAGUCAUGGAAGGAGUUACGAAGGAGUAAAAAGUUCCAUAGCUCACGAAAUGGACUGCAAACAUUCGCGGUGAGAGCACGCGGUAAAAUUGAAACAAUUGUUGUUCUCUAAUGAAUAUUUGAAGAAAUAUUCAUUGAAGGAAGCAGUUUGAAAAACAGUGUUUAACUCGGAGGCUGUUUGACUGUAAUUUUUUUUAAAUUUCAUUUAUUUGGCAGUAAUUUAGUAAAAUUAAUUUUACUUAAAACAGUAUUGGCAACAACAUAUAUGUGAAUAAUAGUUUUCGCUGUCACCGGUCCUGUAAGACAGCUUAGAUUAUAGUUCUUGUUUUGGAAAGGAGAAUGAUAAAUAUCUCUGUAUUAUACUGAUAUCACUACUUAGCUAAAAUGUCAGAGAUGGAAAAGCGCAAACUUCCUCAAUUGAAUGGAAUAGUCCAACCUCUUUUAACAGACUUAUAUCAAAUAACCAUGGCUUAUGCUUACUGGAAAAGUGAUAAAUGCGGGGAUAAUGCUGUAUUUGAUUUAUUUUUUCGAAAAAAUCCUUUUCAUGGAGAAUUUACUGUAUUCGCCGGAUUGGAGGAGUGCCUUAAAUUUUUAGAAAAUUUUCGUUAUUCAGAGAGUGAUAUAGAUUAUUUGAAAAGUGUUCUUCCAGCUACUGUGGAGCCUUCUUUUUAUAAGUUUCUUGCUGACCUUACAGCAAAAGAUGUAAAGCUCUAUGCAAUUCCUGAAGGUACUGUAGUAUUUCCUCGUGUACCUCUAAUUAAAGUUGAAGGCCCUUUGCCUGUAGUUCAAUUGUUGGAAACUUCAUUUCUUACUCUAGUCAACUUUGCUAGUUUAGUUGCUACUAAUGCUGCACGUUACAGAAUUGCUGCAGGGUCUGAUUUGCAAUUGCUUGAAUAUGGUCUAAGAAGAGCGCAAGGACCGGAUGGAGGGUUGUCAGCCUCAAAAUACGUUUAUGUUGGUGGCUUUGAUGGUACCAGCAAUCUCUUGGCAGGAAAAAUGUAUGAUAUUCCUGUCAAAGGGACUCAUGCCCAUGCCUUUGUUAUGUCCUAUUCAUCACUAAAGGAUUGUAGGUUGAAGACAUUGAAAAGUAACAAAGAUGGUCAGGAGGUAGAUUUAAUUGAUCUUUCUACAAUGUAUCGAUCUCAGAUAAUUACUGUCUUGAAAAGCUUGAGUGGUGAAACGAGUGAUGGUGAAUUGGCGGCUUUCAUUGCUUAUGCUAUAUCUUUUCCCAAUAGCUUUUUAGCUCUAGUUGAUACAUAUGAUGUGAAAAAGAGUGGUUUAUUGAAUUUCUGUGCAGUGGCUUUAGCGCUUAACGAUCUUGGUUACCAAGCGAUUGGUGUCCGAAUUGACAGUGGAGAUUUGGCUUAUUUGUCUAAUAUUGCCUUUGAUAUGUUUUGUAAAUUAGGAGAACACUUUAAAGUUCCAUGGUUCAAGCAUAUGAGCAUUGUUGCAAGUAAUGAUAUCAAUGAAGAGACCAUCAUAUCUCUUAAUGAACAAGGCCACAAAAUUAAGUGCUUUGGUAUCGGCACCCACUUAGUGACGUGUCAAAAGCAACCUGCUUUGGGUUGCGUCUACAAGCUUGUUGAAGUUAAUUCAAAACCCUGCAUCAAGUUGAGUUUAGAUGUAGAAAAAGUUACAAUUCCAGCCUCAAAGACUGUUUAUAGAUUGUUCGGUAAAGAUGGUCAUGCGCUUGUCGACUUGCUGCAAAUGAAAGAUGAACCUGCACCUCGGGUCGGUGAUAAAGUUCUCGUUCGUCAUCCAUUUCAGGAAUCCAAGCGAGCUUAUGUCCAGCCAGAGAAUGUGUUAAACUUGUAUGAACUUUGUUUUAGUGAAGGCAAGAUUUGUACUUAUCUACCUGUUCUGUCUGAAAUCCGGCAACGAGUUCAAGAUUCAUUAGCUACACUACGUUCAGACAUUAAAAGAAACUUAAACCCAACUCCAUAUAAGGUAUCUGUCUCUGAUGACCUCUAUCGUUUCAUGCACAAAUUAUGGCUUGAAAAUGCUCCCAUUGGAGAACUAUCCUAAUUGAUAUGUUGUUAUAUAGUCUUCAAAAAUCUUUAUUGCACCAUUUCUGUAUUCUACGGGACACCAAUAGGCUUAUUGACCAGCAUAUUCUUUAACUGCAAUUUUUUCCUUAAUUUUCAAUCGUAUAAUGUUUAUAGAUAAACAUAACUGAUUUUCAUAAGCAUAAUGUAAUGUAAGCAACUUAUUUAAAAUUGCCAGAUUAUAAAUAGUAAUUUAUUUAUUCAUUGUUAAUUUUUAACUUUAUGAUUUUGAUUUUAAAAAAAAGGUUUAUGCUAUAUUUCUCUCAAUGCCUAUUGUGCUUGGCACUAUUUCUUGGGUUCCUUUAUUCCAGAGGUACUGCUUUCUUUUAAAAGUAAGCUGUUUUGAUUCUAUAAUGUUGAUUGUAAAUUCAUGUUAUGGGAAAUAUGUUCUUGUUAACUAGUGUUUACUUGUUAAAUUAAAUUUGAAUUCUUAGAUUACAUUAAAAAAACUUUAUUACAAAUUUUUUAUGAUCAAGAAAUAUUGAUAAAGGAAAACAAAUUAUAAUUCAAUGCAUAAUGAUUUCAAAAUCUGAUUUGUUUAUUAGCUUAAAAAGAUAUCAGUAUUCAUGUUUUUCUUUUUCUGUUCUUUUCUUAUUGUUUGUUUUUGAACUUCAUCAAGAGUAUUAACUGACAUCUGUUAAAAAAUUAUUGUUUAUGAAUAUUUUUGUAUUAAUAUUGAUGUAUUGGUAAAAAAUAUUUUACAUAUAUGAGUGAAAACAGUGAUGUUACCUUUCAAAAAUAUCUAGUUUUAAGAUUGUUCAUAAGAAUCACUUCCUCAAGAUGUUUACUUUUUUAAUGCCAGUUUUUUUCUUUUUUUAAUUUUUAAUUGCUGUUUAUUAGAGUACCUUUAAUUGUGUGUAGCUUUCAAUAUAGCUGUUCCCUGCUUUUGUGUUAUUAAAUAAGUAUUUCAACUUAA